CCGCGCGUCGCGUUUGAGGGGCCGGGGCCAUGGCGUCCUGGGCCGCGCUUUCGCCCAGCAUCGUGGAAUAUUUCGAGAGCGAGGACUUCUACCGCUGCGGCUACUGCAAGAACGAGUCGGGCAGUCGCUCCAAUGGCAUGUGGGCACAUUCAAUGACUGUGCAGGAUUAUCAGGAUCUCAUAGACCGAGGAUGGCGAAGAAGCGGGAAAUAUGUGUACAAACCUGUCAUGAAUCAAACAUGUUGUCCUCAGUAUACCAUAAGGUGCCGACCUUUACAGUUUCAGCCAUCAAAAUCUCACAAGAAGGUUUUGAAAAAAAUGUUGAAAUUUCUGGCUAAAGGGGAAAUUUCAAAAGGAAAUUGUGAGGAUGAGCCCAUGGAGCCCACUGUGGAGGAUGCCGUUUCCAGUGACUUUGGGUUAAUAAAUAAAUUGGAUAUACACUGUGACCUUAAAACAUUCAAUGAUGACCUCAAGAAGAGCUUGGAGAGUGAAGAGAGGAAGAAAGCAAAGAGGGAAGAAUCUAAUGAGAUAACCCGUUCACAAGAUAUGGAAGAGAAGUUGGGCUCUGGUGAACCAUCGUGUUCAGUUAAAGUGCAUACAGCUCCUCAGCCAGGGAGAGGGGCAGAUUUGAGUAAGCCUCCAUGUCGAAAAGCAAAGGAGAUCAGGAAAGAAAGGAAAAGGUUGAAACUCAUGCAGCAGGACCCAGCUGGAGAACGCGAGGGCUUCCAGGCUCAGUGUCAGCCCUCAUCUUUGCUCCCACCAAAGACUAAAUCCAACCAACCCAAGUCGCUUGAAGAUUUAAUUUUUGAAUCGUUACCAGAGAAUGCAUCACACAAGUUAGAGGUGAGGUUAGUACCUGUCUCCUUUGAGGACCCAGAGUUCAAGUCGUCCUUCAGCCAGUCAUUUUCUUUGUAUGUCAAGUAUCAAAUGGCCAUACACCAGGAUCCGCCCGAUGAAUGUGGGAAGACCGAGUUCACAAGAUUCCUUUGCAGCUCACCUUUGGAGACAGAGAAUUCCCCUAAUGGACCAGAUUGUGGUUAUGGCUCCUUUCACCAGCAGUACUGGCUUGAUGGGAAGAUCAUUGCUGUGGGGGUGAUUGACAUUCUUCCAUUCUGUGUAUCGUCUGUAUAUUUGUACUACGAUCCCGAUUAUUCAUUUCUGUCUUUGGGUGUCUACUCUGCGCUCCGAGAAAUUGCUUUUACUAGGCAACUUCAUGAGAAAACACCUCAACUCAGCUAUUACUACAUGGGUUUCUACAUUCAUUCGUGUCCCAAGAUGAAAUAUAAGGGUCAGUACAGACCAUCAGAUUUGCUGUGUCCUGAGACGUAUGUUUGGGUUCCCAUUGAGCAAUGCCUGCCUUCACUUGAGAAAUCCAAGUACUGCCGUUUCAACCAGGACCCGGAAGCAGUGGACGAAGGUCGCAGCAAGGAACCUGACCGCCUGCAGGUGUUCUACAAGAAAGCCAUAAUGCCUUACGGUGUUUACAAGAAGCAGCAGAGAGACCCGAGAGAGGAGGCGGCUGUGCUGCAGUACGCGAGGCUGGUGGGGCAGGCGUGCUCCGAGCGGAUGCUGCUGUUCCGAAACUGAUCAGCCUGUUCGCCUCUCCUGCCCCCCGAGCCCCUGGGCGCUCCUGCGCUGCCCUGCCGACAUGUACCGCGGUGCGAGUUCAUCACCUGGGGGAAACUCUCUAACCCUCCACAGAUUAGACUUUCUAAUUUUGAUGGCUGUGUAGCUUUUCUAAAAUAUUUUGUGGCAUAUGUGUUUGUGAAAAUCUCAUGGUUAAUGAUAAAGCUUUUAAAACUGUGUUA